AUGGGCGCACUCCUAGUCUUUGUGCCUAUAUAUACAUCUGUAAUCUUAUGCCUCGCUAACAUAACAAAAAACAGGAUGCUGCUGGAAAUGCGCGCCGGUACCAUUUGGGAUUAUGUGGCAGCAGAUGUAUACAUAUUACGUUUGACAAAGGGACAAAAUCUGAUUUAUGGACCAAACCGAAGGCGACGACCCUGGAUGAUUAUUUUGUUAUUUUUUUUGAAACGGAUGAUGACUAUGUGUAUUGUAUGCACAUGGCUCGCCGUGAAGAUAAUUGGCAUACUCUGUAUAGCAACGCCCAUCGUUGCGGCUGGGAAAUAUGUAGCCCUGGCGCUCUCGGUGGCGCGUCUCGUACAAGGGGAUUACGGCGAUGCGGGUGGAGAUGCUGCAAACAAAGCAAAACUAAAUGCGGCGUUGAUCAUCUUCUAUGUUCUGGCUAUCUUUCACAGUUCAUAUCUCAUAUACCGGUUAUUUGUUAGUACAUUUGAGCCGUGGAUGUGGGUCGGCAAACAAUAUGGCUUUGGGGAUUGGGGUCCCAAAAUUCUUUGGAGAUACCAGUAUAAAACCAGAGUUGAGUAUCGCAAGGAUGGGUUUUUGCCCAACAACUGGAACUUGAUCACAUUCAGUGUUGGGUUGCUAGAGUCUGCAUCUCCGGACGACCGUCUAUGGGGAGCAAGGGUGUUAGACACUUUCACCAGGAAAGCUAUACCGAUAAGUAUGGAGCUACUAUCUUCCAGUCAGGCGAUCCAGAAUCUGAUAUACAUGAUUGGCUUGACAAGAACAGAUAACCACGAGAGCAGAGAGCGUGCCGCAAGGAUUGUAGCAGGUCUAGCCAGCGAGCUCCGUAUAACCCAGUUUCCAGAGAUACUGAGAUGUAUAUGCUGCCUAUUUGAAAGCUGCAAUCAAUAUAAUGAUUCAGAAGAUGCCCACCCGUCAAAGAAUUCUGAGCCAACUCUGGAUAAAACGGCCCGCAAGAUGUCAGUAGAAACCUUGGAGCAUAGUCACCAUCAAGAAGAUGCCCACUUGUCACUAGCGAUCCCCGAGAAAACUGACCAUAAGCAAGUCAUGAGUCUAGCAUCAGGCAAGGUACCCAACAUAAAAACAUUGAUCCAGACACUAUGCGUUCAAUUGUUGCACAAUUGGAAGAUAUAUUAUGGAGUUAAGUACCACUACCCCUAUGCAUCAAAAGGAACAAAAGAACUGAUCUCUCAAGGCCUGGUGAUUCUUGAGAGGCUCACACAAGAUGAAGGCAACUGUAUAGAGAUUAUCAGACACCAAAGGCUCCUCUCUAAGAUCACAUUACCAUUGAGCUACCAGGACCUCCUCAACCAUGGAUGGGAGGACCAUACAUGGGCUGAGAUGCUAAGCAGGUCACUCACAGUUGUGAGCAGGCUUAUCAGAGCUGGACCUGGGGAGGACACCACAAGACUGCGCCAUGAUAUGGCGCGCAACACGGUAGCUGUCCACAAUUUGAUGCGUAUUUUGGAGGUUGACAAUGAAGGUGCCUUCUCGGAACAACAUGGGCUAGCAAUAGAAAUUCUUACAGAGCUAGCCUAUGAUGAUUCUUUCAGAAAAAUAGCUUUUGAUGAAUCUACAACCAUGACCGAAAUGCUCAUGAAGACAUUGCGGCGCAUCUUCCAUGAGGAUAGCGACAACAAUGGUAUAGUGGCAAAAGAAGAGGAAGAGAAAGACAAGAGAGUGAGGAGAAAAGCAGGGAAAGCACUGGCGAGAUUAUUGCUUGGCGUCCCAAGUGCAAGAGAUAAUAGUGUUGCAUUGACUUCUGCACCAAAUGUUAAUGAUAUUUAUCUACUUCCCAAACAAGACAUGGUCAAUCUGUUGACCAAGGAAACUGAAGAACAAUCCGAGGACAGAAAAAUGCUUAUGUCCAUGCUAUCCCUCACCAUGGUGAUAUGCAACAAAAAUGUGAUCAGCGCAGAUGAUUUUACCCGUGCCAUCCCUGACGAUGCAGCACUCGUGAAGAAGCUCAAGGAGAUAGUAGAAAUGCUUCAGGAUGCCACGACUGGCGGCUGGAGAAUGCUAAAGCUUGUUUGUCAGGUGGUUAUAGCAGUGGUUCAGCUCAAACCCAGCUGCACCAGAGAGUUCAAUGAACAUAACUUCAAGGAGGCACUGUCCAAGGCUCUUGCGAUCAUGUCGGGCAUCGACAACUGCAUGAUCUUUGCUGGCAAUGACCGUGAGGUGCCUGUCAAGUCUCUCGCUUCUCUUGUGAAAGAGGCACAGGAGCUCUUGGCACAAGAGCAGGGUGACAUAAUCUCUACCUGA